AUGCGACUUGCAAAGCUCAUCCUCUUGGCUGUCUUGGCUGUGAUUUCUCUCGCUGCACCGCCGAGGAAUUUCGCUGAGAAACCGUAUCGAAAUGCCCUCGUUCGUUUUGGUCGAGCUGCCCCAAUGAGGAGUGCUUUAGUCAGAUUCGGCAAAAGAGCCGAGAUAAUACCCGAAUUCAUCGAACCGGCUUUCUCCGAUGAAGUACCGGAAUAU